AUGGAAAUGCAAGAAAUCCCUCAGCUCCGGAUCCAGUUACCAUGGAAAUCUCGCCAGGAGAUGGUGAGAUAGAUCCUCAUGAGAGGCGCGAGUUUAUUCAGCACCUUGGACAGCAGCGGUGUGUCGGCCCUCCUUUCUGUCAGACUCGAUAUUAUAUGCUUAUUGUCAUCGGAGAAAUUUCAAUAGAUUAUCAUCUUGAUUUAGUAAAAGAACACAUUAAACAAGGAAUUCUGUCAUGGGAGACUGAUUCGUCCGUCUGUGACUUGAACAAGGAACUGAAGCUCUUCGAAACAAAACACUCUGCCCACUUUUCUUCAGAAGUGAAAGGACAAAGACUUUUGCAGUACAAGAGUGAUGUUCUUGAGACUGUCGUAUUAGUGAAUCCAUCUGAGGAGAAUAUUAAUAUAGAGAUCAGAUCACUGCUCUGUGACUCAGCAGGACAUAAGUUGUUGGUCAUAAGUGGACAGAGUACUAAUCAGGGUGGAGACGUGAUCUUGCAAAGUGGAGUGUUUGGCUGGAAACAAUUCUCUGACAUUAUCUCAAGUCGUAGGAUUAAAGAUCUCUUGAACCAGCCAUCUGAAACUCAGAAAGCCUGUUUGACUGUGUCCUGUAAAGAAGAGGGAGGCUGGAGCUCCCUAGGGUGUGAACAGGAGCAGAGCCUACUGGUGUAUAGAGUGAACCCUGAGCCUGUGCUGGCUGAGAUGGAAGGUGUGACCGAGUUCACAGAAUAUGUCUCUGAGACAGUGGACGUUGUCUCUCCUCUUGAGCUUCUGGAACCACCGACCUCAGGAGGGUUCCUCAAGUUGUCCAAGCCAUGCUGCUACAUCUUUCCUGGAGGACGGGGAGACUCUGCUUUGUUUGCAGUUAAUGGUUUCAAUAUUUUGAUUGACGGUGGAUCGGACAGAAAAUCUUGCUUUUGGAAGCUAGUCAGACAUUUGGAUAGGAUUGAUUCUGUUCUCCUUACUCAUAUAGGAGCAGAUAAUCUUGCUGGCAUCAACGGACUGUUACAGAGAAAAAUUGCGGAGCAGGAAGAAGAGAAGACCCAUGGUUCAACUGCCUUUGGAGACUGGAUGAAAAACCUGAUCUCACCAGAACUUGGCGUUGUGUUCUUUAAUGUUCCCGAGAAGCUAAAGAUGCCUGAAACCACACUAAAAGCAAAAAGGAGCAUUGAGGAGGCCUCUCUCACAUUGCAAUACCUUCAGAAACUGGGCAUCAAACCUGAACCUUUAUAUAGAGUUGUGAGCAACACAAUUGAGCCUUUAACACUUUUUCACAAGUUGGGUGUUGGCAAACUAGACAUGUAUGUUCUAAAUCCUCUAAAGGACAGUAAAGAAAUGCAAUUCUUCAUGCAAAAGUGGGCUGGUAACAGUAAAGCAAAGACUGGGAUUGUUCUGGCCAAUGGCAAAGAAGGUGAGAUUUCUGUUCCUUACCUAACAUCGGUAACAGCUCUGGUUGUGUGGGUACCUGCCAGUCCAUCUGAAAAAAUUGUCAGGGUCUUGUUUCCGGGAAAUGCCCCACAAAACAAGAUAUUUGAGGGUCUGGAAAAGCUGAGGCAUCUCGAUUUCUUGCGAUAUCCAGUAGCCACUCAGAAGGACAUGUCAUCUGGAGCUCCACCUCCACUGAUCAAACAAAGUAAGAUGAGGCUGAGUACAAGUAGCAAAGAAAGUCUUAAAUCCUCCCCUAAAAUGUCGCCCACUACAAAAGCAAGCAAGAAGGAGGCAAAUGAAGACAUUGAGUCAAAGAGCGACUCAGUGAAGGAGAGCAAAGUUGAAAAGAAAGAGAAGAAAAUUAAAGAGAAUGUUAAAGCUCCAAAAACACUGAAACCCAAGACAUUGUCUCCUGAUUCAGUUAACCAAGAAAAAAAGAAACUGCAGAAGGAAAAAUCUCCUAAAAAAAAUAUCAAGGAGAAGGUUGCCAAAGAGGAGAAGAAAGAUCAAGAAAAGAAAGAUCCAAAGAAAGAAAAGAUAGAUGUCAAAAAAGAGAACUUGGUUAAAAAAGAACCCAAAAUUAAAGAGGAGAAGAAAAAAGAAAAACCUAAGACAGAACUGAGAAAAAUUACUAAACCUGACUUAAAGCCUUUCACCCCUGAGGUCAGAAAGACUCUGAACAAAGCUAAGGUUCAAGUAAAGCCUAAAGUAGAAAAAACUAAAGCUGUGAAAGAGCAAGAAAACAGGCCGGCUGCCAAGCAAGCUUCACUAGAGAAACAAGGGAGUGAAAGGUCCUUAGUCUCCUCCCCAGAGGAUCUUACCAAGGAUUUUGAAGCCUUGCGACUGGAAGAGGAGCUUUCCAAGCCCACAGAGAGCAAAAUUUUUUCAACUCUUCAGUCUUCAGUUGACGCUGUUGUCCCUCACAUUGAAUCUCCUGACGAGGGAUUAACCACAACGGAUGUUGAGACAGAAUCCCCUCACGAAGAGAGGGUAUCGUAUGGAGUAACAACAGGUGAACCCCCCUCUAAAACUGUUGAUAGAUUUGAGGAAGAAGGUGCUGCUACAGAAGAUGACAUAGAAGAUGAAUUUACCACAAAACUGAAAAGUGCUAAAACAGACUCUACGGAGAGUGUAGAUGACAAAAGCUGGCAAGAAAAAGCAAAAGAUGAAGAAAAGGUAUUUAAAAUCACACCCAAAAAGAGUGACAGUGAGGAGGAUGAGGAUGUGAUUGAGAAAGCAGAGCUAGAGGACGCAGAGGGUAUAGUACAUGAAGAGGAGCUCAAGUACAAAUCAGAUGAGGCCAAGAAAGAAAAACUGGGGAAGGACUGGGAGACAACACAGACUGACAUGAAAUCUGCCAAAUCCGUAGGUGCUGCAGAGCACAUUUCUUUCAUCCAAGAUGAGACCAUUCCAGGUUACUCUGAGACCGAGCAGACCAUAUCUGAUGAGGAGAUUAUUGAGGAGCCAGAAGACAGAAUUCCACAUCUUCAAUAUGACGUCAGCUCUUGUGACAUCUCUGUUCCUGAUGAACCAGGAACUUUUGAAACCAUCCAUGGUAUGAAACCACCAACCAUAUCUGUUGCUUCUGAGUUAUCAUCAAAAGGAUUUGCAGUAGACCAAGAGCCAGUUUUGUCUGCUUAUGCAACCAAUAUAGUGGCAGCUCCGUUAGCUGAAGAAGAACAUAUAUCAUCAGCCACAUCAAUCACUGAAUAUGACAAGCUAUCAUCUUUUGCAACAUCUGUUACUGAAGAUCAGUCUAUAGCAUCUGUCACAGCACCACCUACUGAAGAAGCAGGAAAAAGCUCUUUAUUUUUGGACACUGUAAAUAGCAUACCAUCAUCCAGACAGACAGAUGCCACCCAAGGAAAAGAGUACCUUCACUCAGCUGGAACUAUUUCUCCAACCUCUUCAUUAGAGGAGGACAAAUGUUUUAAAUCUCCACCUUCAGAGGAAUGUCUACCCAUUGUGCCAGAAAUGGAAACUACUGGGAAGACAGCAACUCACACAAAUUAUGAGGAUGAAGAUGAUGAGGAAGAGGAUGAGGAUCAGACACCGAAUGUUGACAUGCCACUUGGAAAGCUCCAUGAGGGUUAUGCAUGUGCUGUCAUGCUCCAAGAAAAGGAGAAUGUUCCUGAAAAAGCUCCAGCAUCAGUGGCGCCUCUUUCUUCCCCUGUGAUGUAUUCUGGUACACAAGACAAAGAUGAAAAGGUCUCACUGUCUAAAGAUGAGCCUAAAUUAGGUGCAUCCGACCAAAGUUUGUCCUUCACACCACAUUUGCCUUACACCCCAGAGAAAAGUGUUGUUUCAGAGAGUGAAGAAAGAUGUCUCAGCCCAGAUGACAGCACUAUGAAAUUAGCCUCACCCACACAAUCAGGACCUACCAGCAGUAGCUACUCUCCAACUGAGGAAAGGACACAAAAGCCAUUAAGUGUGGACAUAGUAGACAAACCUGACAAAGAAUCUGCAGAAUUUCAGAAGUAUUUGACUCAUGAUGCUCCUGCUGACAACAAACCUGUAAUAAUAAUUGACGAAGAGGUAGAUCCUUUCAAAAAGGAAUUCCUUAGCACAAAGGAACAAAUAUAUGACUCAGAUGAAGAAGAGGAAAAGUAUAAAGUGUGUAGUAAAACCAAAUACAAAGAGGAGAGAGAGAGCACUUUUCUUGAUGAAGAACCCACCUGUACAGCAGUGGAUAUGGAAAAUAAUGCACAAUUUUCAACCUACUUGGGUGAAGAGCACAAAACCCAGAUGCUAAGCUCCGGAGAGGAAGAUGAAAGUGAAACCGAGGAUGGUACUUACUCAAGUGUAAAAGCCCCUCAGAGCAUGUUAGAUUCUACUUCAGCAGACCAAGGCAAAAAAGAUGUCUCAUUCUCAGAGAUAGAUGACCCAGAAGUGAUCUCUAAAGAGAGCGAUAAAGCUGUUCACUUUAACUUGUAUUCCCUCCCUGAUUGUGACAAAGGCCUCAAAGGGGAUUCUGAAAGAGUGGUUAGGCAAGAUACACCCUAUGUUGGGAAGAGCUUUACAUACUCUGAUGUAUACGACAGUAAAUCAAGUUCAGUCGAUUCAUACUCUCCUAAUUUGCCACCAGAUAACACAUUUGAGGAUACAGAUGUUGCUGUAAAGACAACUGGGAAAGGCGAUAGCAUGGAUACGUCCACUGGGAAGAUUCCAGACAUUAAAGCAUCACAUGAAAUGGAAAUAUCAUCAGCAUUACAUAGCGAAAUGCAAGGUAUCUUUGAGCCACCAAUGUUUAAGGACAUGCCUCAAGGAACGUUCUCUGAGAAUAUAAAUAAAGCUGAACAGGAGGAAACCUCUUAUUCUAUUUCAGAGGAUAGAGACCCAUUUUCAGUUAAAUUUGGGAAGCCUGAUUCAGGUGUGGUGGUAGAAGCUGGUGAACAACAAUCGGGCCAUUAUGCAAAUGACAGCUUCAUCUCUGAUUAUAAAAGUACCAGUUCUGCAGUUGGCCAAUCUGCAGUUUGCACAAAAAAAUCAAUAGCUGAAGACUUGAAGAUGCUUGCUGAUGGAGAAGACGAAGAUGAGGAUGAAGAGGAUGAAGAUGAGGAGGAAGACGACGAGGAUGAGGAUGAUGUUUAUGAGUAUGGCGAGCAUGUAAGUGAUAAUGACACUGAGAAAGGAGCCAAAGACAGACCAGAGAAAGAUCCCAAGAGCCCACUGAGUAGUAUCACCUGCACUGUACCUACUCAAUUCCAGGAUGAAAAGACAGACUUCAUUACACAUGACUACAGCUUUGGCUCUGGCACUUAUGGUAAGCAUCUAGAUUCAUCAACAUUUGAAUCCACUUUAAGCCAUGAGGGUCCCAAGGAUUCACUGCACGCUGCUACAGGUGACACUUCAUCUUUGCCUACAGAAAGUCAUGUUAUGGACUCUGCUACAUUUUCACAUUCCUCCAGUGAGAAGAAAGAUGGCUUUGUUGGAGAAGACGUUCAGUCAUAUUUGCCCUUGUCAGAGAAGCCUGUAGAUGAUAAAUAUCACUAUGAAAGCAAAGAGGUUCAGUUUGACAGGCAAAAGACACCAGAUGCACUAGAGAAGAAAACAGAUGACUCUGUUGUAUUGGGUUUAAGUUAUACUACUAUGUCAGCAACAGCAUACUCCUCUUCUUCUUCCUACAGUCAUUCGUCUUCAGCCUCAGCAUCUCUUUCUACCAGUCGCCAGUUUGGAGAUGAGUUAGAGACUGCAGCCAGUACUGGCUUUGAGUAUUCCUCUUUCAAAGAUGAACACUCACCAGGAAUGGAAUCACCGUUCUCUAGUUCUGGUGGGCAGGUUAAGGAUGAAUAUUUAGAAGUUUCCGAAAAGUUGACACCUGCCACCACAACAGCUGAAUCCACCUCUAGCCUUGCAAGGUUCUCACCAUUAUCACCAUUUGAGGAAAACAAAUCUUUCCCUCCACAAACUGGUACUUGUAUAGGUGAUAAGAAAGACUCUACAAGCACUACUUUAGAUCAAGGUCCACAGGGUCAGUGCUUUUACAAGCCAGAGUGGGAUGAUGACUCAAGAUUACAAGCUGAAUUUGGGGCAACUGGAUUGUCUUCUCUUCCUCAGGCAGCAAAGAAAGACUCCAUUCCUGAAGGUCUUUAUAGUGCUUCAUCAACAUUUCAUUAUGAGGCCCCUGAAAAGCAGUACUAUGAAGACACUGAGAGUAGUGAAGAGGAGGAUGAUUAUAUGGAUGAAACUGAACAUGACAAACUACAGUACCAAAGAUCUCCACUGACAUCCCAAGCAGAUAAGAAAGAUGCCAGCUUUUCCUUGAGUGAGAAACUGCCAUUGGACACAUCUUCUGGUAUAGGAGGAACUCCUACUUCACAUGUGCUUACCUCAUACACUUCCUCUUUCCCUGAACCUGUAAAACCAGACACAACAAAUGGGCCUGCAGAAGUCAGCAUGAGUGCACCACAGAGUUUUGGUGGAAUCAGCAAGAUGGAAAUAGGCCUGUCAAAAACAGAGAUGAAGAGCCAAGAAUUUGACGUAAAAGCAAUUAGAAGCCCCAAUGAAUGGGAAAAGCAGCAGCAACGAGACGUAUGCCCAGGGGUCUCCCCGCCUCAUUAUCGUCAUGAAGAUGAGUAUGAAGAAGAAGAAGAAACAGAGCCAGAGCACCCGCCACGUCCUAUUUCUCUUUCAUCUACAGACCAACCUUUCCAAUCCUCCUAUUAUACAGACAACCCAAGCAGGCAUGAAGAUGAUUUUGACCAUCCUUCGGAUGUUGGCAUUCGUCCACACUCCUCCAAAGCUUCACCAGGUUAUUCCUCCAAUGAGUAUAAGCAGAGGAGAGGAGACACAUCACCAUCCUUCAUCAAUCCAAGCUUAUGUCAACUUUCAAGUGAUGAGGAGAAUGAAGAUCAUAGAAGCCAAGGAUCAGAUCAGCAACAGCCUUAUGAGAAGAUAAGAUCUUAUAAACAACAAUCUCACAGUCAUCACGGUGAAGACAACAAAUUACAGCACCUCUCUGGAGCCAUGGCCGCUGGGAUUAGUGCCAGUGGGGAGGACACUCCUCCAACCUCUAUCAGUGAACCAUUACAUUCCCAGUCAGAUUCAGACGUUCCUCCAGGAACAGAAGAGUGUCCCUCAGUCACAGCAGAAGGGAACGUUGACUCAGAUGAAGAUGCAGACUACCUCCCUGUAGAUAAAUCAUCUGGAGCCUUUGGUGGAAAACAGUACUCAUCUAGGUCACCUGACAAAGAUAAUGAUCCCUUCCCAUCACCAAUGAUGGACCCUGCCCCUUACCCCCCUCGUCCUGAUGUGUGUAUGGUAGAUCCUGACGCUCUCUCAAGCCUAACAGACAAAUCAGCCAAGAAAGAACCCAAAACAAAGGGUCUACGUAAAUUAGGUAAAACAAAGUCCUCAUCUCCUGCUAGGAGGUCCAAGGACCCCUCUUCCUCACUGAAGAAGAAGGACAUGGAGGACGAUCUGUCAAGGUCAAGCCACAACACGGGCAAAGGCCUUGUCAAUGGUCUAAAGAACAGUGCAGUUUCAGCUAAAUCAAGUGCCGCUGUCCCACCAGGCCCUCCUAUCUAUGUGGAUCUGGCCUACAUUCCCAACCACUGCAGUGCUAAAAAUGUAGAUCAGGAAUUCUUCAAGCGUAUUCGUUCUGCAUAUUAUGUCGUGAGUGGAAAUGACUCCAGCAGCGGAGAGCCAAGCCGUAGUGUACUAGAUGCCUUGCUUGAAGGAAAGGCACAAUGGGGAACCAAUCUACAGGUAACGUUAAUACCUACUCAUGACACAGAAGUGACUCGUGAGUGGUACCAACAGACCCAUGAGAAACAACAGGAGCUAAACAUCAUGGUCCUGGCCAGCAGCAGCACAGUAGUGAUGCAGGACGAGUCAUUCCCAGCCUGCAAAAUAGAGUUCUAAAUUCAACACGGCUCCCAGGUUCACAUCUUUACUCUCAAAAGGUCCAUUAUAGCCUUAAUAAUGUUUUUUUUAGAUUUUUAACCCUUUGAUGUUCAAACCCAAUUAAAUGGUAUAAGCAUUGAUUAUCGUUUCAUAGUUUAGAACAAGAGAACAGAAGGAAGAUGUGCCUUUUUCUGUAUACUUUUCAGGAUGGCUUUUCCCUUUAAGUUGUACAACACAUACAUAAACAAACAAAUGGAGAAACUAGAAUUCUUAACCCUCAGAUUUCGGUUUUUGGAUUAAACUUUUCGAUACAAACAUAACUAUAUUAUAUAUCCUUGUUUACAAUGAUAUUUAACAAAAGCACAAGUGUACCUCUUUACUUCGUUUUAAACAAAAGGACCACUGCUAAUUUUUUUUAAUUAUAAUUUUCUUUUUAUUUUACAGUUACUAACAUGCAUCGUACAACAUUAUCUGACACACACACAAACACUUUGUGCAUUUUAUAAUGAUCUAUGAAUCAAGUUACCAAACAUGUGCAAAGGGCACAGAGAUUAUAUACUUCAUGAGUGAUAUCAGCAAAUGCCUGGGUGCCAGAAUAAUUUAUUAUUUAAAAUAAUUUUACAAAAUUGUAUUACAUUCCUGCACUCAGAGAUUAAUGCUUUGAACUUGAAAAAGUAUACUUUUGAAUUGUAUAGCAGAAUAAGAACAGCAUCCACAAAACCAUUAGAAAUUUUAAGAUCUGAAUGCUGAAAAGGACUAAAGAGGAAUCAUUUUGUUGUACAAAUACCCGUUUAGAAUGGGCGAAAUGAUGGAAAGGUAUUGGAGUCAAAUUUUAUUUUUAUCAUGAAAUAAUGUAUAAAGUGUAUGUUGAGAAAGUUUGAUUAUUUUUUGUUUGUUUAAGUUCAAAGAGAUCUCUGAUUUUAUUAUACUUUGAGCAUCAAAAUGGAAAUAAUUGUUAAGAUUAUCCCUAGUUGAUUAAACAAUGUAUAUAUGACUAAGUGUAAGAGCCUUACAGUGAUGACUGUAAAAUAAUGGAAAUGACUGAGAUAUUCAAACCAAAUUUGCUGGCAAUAGAAAUGCAUGGUGUUCAGUGAAUGACUGACUUCCUGAAAAUCUUUGAAAUGUAUGUACGGACGUCUUGCCAUGUUUACAUUUUGCAUAGGGUUACGUAUUAGAAAGAGGUGAAAGAUGUAUUUCAGAUGUAAACUGCUAUAUGAAAAUUGCACUUAAAGCUUAUACAAAAGAGUUUUUUGUUCGUUUUAAGCUCACGCUAUUGCAAACGCUCAUAUUUCUCACUAAUUGUAGUUUCAGUCAAUAUAAGAAUAACAAUAAAGGCUUCAAUUAGAGGAAUAAAUAACUAUUAGUGACAGGGUGCACAAUAAAAAUUAAAGUGAGGGAUGAAGAAUACUUGAUUGAUGACUAUUUGUGAAGAGUAUGCACUGCAUGUAUGUUACCAUAAGCUAAAUGCUGAACAUGCAUUUAAGUACUGCUAUGCUUUUAGGUGCUCGGCUCAAAAUCAACUCCUUAAUUUUGAAAGGAAGGUUGUAAAUUAAAGCUCAAUCUUAUUUGUCACACUUGAUUAAAUAUAUAUUUUUAUUUUUUUUCCUCAAUUUUGCUUGAUUCAUAGUCUUGUUUAUUUGAUUUUAUUGUUCAGUUUUAUUGAAUGUCUUUGGAAAUGGUAUUUAUGUCUAGACAAGGUUACAAAAUACACAAAUGGUUCAGCAUUGUCCUUUUUGCUUUCUAUAAGGUUAAUACGUACAAGGAUGAUCAGUCAAUAGUUGCCUCGAAUAAUUUUAAGGUGCAGUAACUUUUGAGCUACUGGUUAUUUGGAUGUUCUGCCUGUCAUGGUGAAACCCAGAUGUGACUUUGCAUUACCACAGAAUGAAACACACACAAAUAAACAAACAAAUACCAGACUGCAGACUGCCAGAUCAAGUGACUAGUUCACUGAUCGCAUUUUAUAUUCAAAAUUUGUAAGUGUCUCUGUGAUUAUCUUUUCUUUUUAAAGACUAAAUGUUUAAAAAUAUAUAUAUAUGAUAACUUCAUUAUGAUGUGCUGUGCAAAACAUCCCUUAGUUAUGAGCUAUGAGUUUAAUAUAGCAUCAGAUCUUUGAAAUAUAGCAUUCCAUUGAGCCUAGCAAUGUACUGCAUGUGAUCUUGAGUUUAAACUUGUAUGUAAUAGUUCAUAGUUAUAUUAAAUAAAGUACUAUUUUAAACAUAUCUAUUUAGAUGCUAUUUGUCUCAGUUGUACUGAAAGGCACAUAUUAGCAGGCUGCGCUAUCAUUUCCAGCGUGCGGUGUUGUUAAAUGACGUACUUGGAUUUCUUUUUCAGGUUUCUCAUUUUCUCAUUGACUUUUGAUUUGUAUUGCUUUCUUUUUUUUAUGUGCAAUACUCUGUAUCUUUCUUUAGGCUAAAUGAGUGUCUACUGAUAUGUUGUAGAGUUAACAUGAUAAUCACUAAUAAAAUAUGUUAAUGGAAAACAUA